UUUUCAAAGACGUUAAUUUUUAGCUGCAAUUUCCUAUGGAAAAAUGUGGUUUCUGUUCUGCAUACCCAUCCCACCACCAGCAGCAAUGUUCCCAAAUUCCAGAAGAACCUGAAGCAGAUCUGGCAGGGAUCUGGUGAGCUCACGAAGGUAAUGGAGCAGCUGAUGGGCUCAGGAGAGCUUCCUCCAUCAACUGUGGCACUGGGCACACUGGCUGUCAGUCUCUUCUCUCCUCAGCACUCAGAGUGUGCUGCCUGUCCCCCAUCCCUGCAGCCAGCAGCUCCAGAGCUGGGCAUUGUGUUGGUGGCACCUUUGUCCAUCAGUGCCAUGUGUCGUGGUGGGGCUGGCUGUGUGCUCUGACAAAGACAGGUGUGCUCCAGGAGGUCUGGGGUUUAGGCACUUCCCUCCUCCUGGCACAAAGGCUCUAUCCAGGGUCUGUGGAGACAGACCUAGCUUGCUGAAUUGUGAGGAUUUCAGGAGGCAGCUGUGACAGAGAACAUCCCGAUUUCCAGAGGAUUCCUUGGGCUGAUGGGAGGCAGAGGAGUCUCUGGCCACCCUGGGCUGUGUUUCUGUUUAUCCUGGGUUUGCUGCUCGUGGAGGGGCUGCGGAUGGUGGAGUUACAAAGAUCUUCCUGCUGUGGGACAGACCGGAGAGGAUUGGUGUGGAUGGGAGCUGCCCUGUGCCGGGGGUCUCCCUGCCCCAGCUGAUCCCACCGCCCUGGGAAGGGCUGGAAGGGGCUCUUAUCUCGUCCCUGCAGGCUGGGCAUGAAGGUGGUGGAGGAAGGGGCCGGGCGGGAGCCGGGACUGAGCCCAGAGAGGCCCUUUCCAUCCGCUCGGGGCGGCGGGCGUGGAGCGGCCCCUGCCAAAGCAAACUGCCCUGACAAUGGCUGUUAUUAUUAUCACAGUUGCUGUUUAGUAACACGGCUUUAUCCCGUGCUGGGGCUCCGGGGGCACAGCAGCUCCCCAGGAAUGAAGCUGUGCCACCACAACAGAGCAGUGCUUGGCUCCUGCAGCACAGCACCUCCUCUUCUGAGCUGGACCCGGCUGGGCUGUGUCUGGGGCCGUGUUCCCCCUUGAGGAGCAGGGAGCCACCAGAUGCAGGGAUGUGGUGGCUGGAUGAUGAUGUGUCUCUCUCUCUCUCUCCCUGCAGUGAAUCCCUGUUGCUAUUUCCCCUGCCAGAACCAAGGGGUGUGUGUGAGGGUCGGUCUGAGAGGAUACGAGUGUGACUGCACACGGACAGGGUACUACGGGGUCAACUGCACCUCCCCUGAGUUCUGGACACACCUGCACAACCUGCUGAAGCCCAGUCCUGCCUUCUACCAUUUCAUCCUGACCCACUUCAAGUGGUUUUGGGACAUUAUCAACAGCACCUUCAUCAGGGACACGCUCAUGAGGCUCGUGCUGACAGUUCGUGCCAAUCUCAUCCCCAGCCCCCCCACUUUCAACUCUGACUAUGGCUACAUCAGCUGGGAGGCUUAUGCCAACGUCAGCUAUUACACCCGUGUCCUCCCGCCCGUGCCGGACGACUGCCCCACGCCCAUGGGGACCAAAGGGAAGAUGCAGCUCCCUGACCCCCAGCUCCUGGCAGAGAGGUUUCUGCUGCGGCAGAAGUUUGAAGCUGAUCCCCGAGGCACCAACAUGAUGUUUGCCUUCUUCGCCCAGCAUUUCACCCACCAGUUCUUCAAGACAUCUGGGAAGAUGGGGCGUGGCUUCACCAAGGCUCUGGGGCACGGGGUGGACCUGGGACAUCUGUACGGGGACAACCUGCAGCGCCAGCACCAGCUGCGACUCUUCCGAGACGGGAAGCUGAAAUUCCAGGUGGUGGAUGGAGAGGUGUACCCGCCCAUGGUCAGCGAGGCUCCGGUGCACAUGGUGUACCCGUCGGGCGUGCCCAAGGAGCAGCAGCUGGCGGUGGGGCAGGAGGUGUUCGGGCUGCUGCCGGGGCUCUGUGUCUAUGCCACUCUCUGGCUGCGUGAGCACAACCGUGUCUGCGAUCUCCUCAAGCGGGACCAUCCCACCUGGAGCGACGAGCAGCUCUUCCAGACAGCACGGCUCAUCCUCAUCGGGGAGACCAUUAAGAUUGUUGUUGAAGACUACGUCCAGCACCUCAGUGGGUACUACCUGAGCCUCAAGUUUGACCCCGAGCUGUUGUUUGGGUCACAGUUCCAGUACCGGAAUCGCAUCGCGGUGGAGUUCAACCAGCUCUAUCACUGGCACGGGCUGAUGCCCGACUCCUUCGUCAUCCAGGGACAAGAGUACAGCUACAAGCAGUUCCUCUACAACACCUCCAUGCUCAUGGACUACGGGGUGGAGGCACUGGUGGAGUCCUUUUCCAAGCAGAUUGCAGGAAGGAUUGGUGGGGGACAGACCAUCAAUGCCAAUGUCCUGCACGUGGCCGUUGGGGUCAUCAAGGAGUCCCGGCAGCUGAGGCUACAGCCCUUCAAUGAGUAUCGGAAAAGGUUUGGCAUGAAGCCCUACAAGUCCUUCCAGGAGCUGACAGGAGAGGAAGAGAAGGCAGCAGAGCUGGAAGAGCUGUAUGGAGACAUUGAUGCUCUGGAGUUUUACCCAGGCUUGCUGCUCGAGAAACCCCAACCCAAUGGCAUUUUUGGGGAAAGCAUGGUGGAGAUUGGAGCUCCAUUUUCCCUGAAGGGGCUUUUUGGCAAUCCCAUCUGCUCCCCAGAGUACUGGAAGCCCAGUACAUUUGGUGGAGAAACUGGCUUUGAGAUCGUUAAGACAGCAUCCCUCGAGAAGCUUGUGUGCCUCAACGUGAAGAAGUGCCCGUACGUGGCGUUCCACGUGCCGGACACUGCAGAGCACGGCAGCCCCCGGGCUGGUGGGUCAUCUACAGAGCUCUAGCAGGGAUCACCUGCCCAGCGAAUGGUGGGGAUACAGGAACUGCCAGCCCUGUGCCGAACAGAAACAGGACAGGAGAUGGUCCCACCCUGGGUGUCCUCCAUGCCAGCCCUCAAGGACAGGCUGCUCCCUGCUCUCUGAAAAACUCGAGUGCCUCGGGAGUGUGGCUGCCAGCUCUGUCCUCAGCAGACUCAGUUCUCUUGAUAGUGAAUACCUUGCACAAAACAGCUUUGGAGUUCCCCAGCAGACACUCUGGACUCCCCAGUGCUUUGUUACCUUCCAUCCCUGCUGCCUCCCAGCACCAGGCCACCAGCAGCCCCUCUUCCAGAUGGGUCAUAUCCACAUCAUGCCUGAAAACCAUUUCUGGAAUUUGUGAAAAGACUGGAAAAAUUUCAUUUUAGUUAACUGGUUAGUACUGACCUAAUUCUUACCAGGAGUCCAGUUUUUCUUCAUGCAACAUCUAUUUCCAGUAGAGACUCUCUUUCCUGCUCAGAACAGGAGCCCAGGGAGCAUUCCCUCCUCCCCUGCUGCACCUGGUGAAGCAGUGAGCUGCCUGAGGGAUCCAGAGGAGGUGGCAGCAUGCAGAGGGACGGGGAGGAUACCAUGUUUGUGCUGCCCAGUAGUGGCUGAGCUUGCAGUAGAAACCUGCUUUGAUCCAAUUCUCCUGCAACAGCCUGCCCAGCACACGUGCACAGCUGGGAGAAGGAACCAAAGCAGUGUCUCUCCUGGAGGAGACCAGAGGUCAGAUCCUCAGACCUCCUGCGUCAUGCUGGCUUGGACCCCAUCAUGUGCCACUGACUGCCAACCUGGGCUGCUCACCUCUGUGCACACAAAGGGAUGGAGUCUCUUCCAUCCCAAAAUCAUCACCCUUCUCUGCACUAACAGCUCAGCAAACACACCCUCACAGCACACACAGCCUGCUUCUGUCCUCCAAAACAGACCUCAGCCCUUGCCCAGCCCAGCCACCUGGUAGCUGGCAGCCACUGUCCUUGGUCACAGCCACUGGCCUUGAUCCCCAUCAGAUACUGCUUGAGCUCCAGGAAAAAGGACAUUUGAAAUAAUAAAUGAUUUUAAAAACUCUUCUAUUUCUGGGUGUGCUGGGCCAUUGCUGACUGCACCUGAAGCAAUAAAUGGAGCAACCACCCUCCCUUCAAUGCUUCUGUGGGGGUCUCUGAGUGUCCUGAGGCAGUUUGAGCCUUGCUUCCCCCCGGCCACUCCCAGCCCUGUGCCGCCAAUGCCACAGUUCAGAGUGUUUGGACAAUGCUCUCAGGCACAGGGUGGGAUUGUUGGGGUUGUCCUGAGCAGGGGCAGGAGUUUGAUUGUCAUGAUGUUUGUGGGUCACUUCCAAUUCAAGAUAUUCUGUAAUUCCAUGGUGACACAGCGCUUAGACCAACAUUGUGUAUUUCUAUCACAUAAAACUAUCCACACUUUAAUCUGGCUGCCUGGGUGUUUUGUAGACAUGAAACGGCCACAGUCUGUAAGAAAGCAUGCAGCUGCAACUCCUUCCUAUGCUGUCCUGGAGGAGGGGAGCACUCCUGAGCCUCUGGUCCAUCCCAGAAGGAUUCCCAGGGAGGUGCUACAAGAAUUUUAAAGGGAUAUGGUAAAGGGAACAUAUGCAAGCAGAGACUCCAAACGCACGAACCUUCUCACUCACUCUCUUUAACCCUUCAGAAAUGGAAUGGCAUUACCAGGAUAUCAUUUGAAUUUUAGUUUCCUACAGGAUGUGGGGAGGCAGAGAGGCCAACAGGACCCCUGAGGGCUCAACAGGCAGCUUCACCUGCUCUGUGCUGCCCAGGGCUGGCCCUGAGCAGUCCCGGCACUCCCACCAUGUCGUGAGAAGUGCUGGGCAGCAAUCCAAGAGGAGCACACGGUCCUUCCCCGCCCACACAUGCCUCCAGCAGCCGAGCACACUUCCAGCUGUGUGUGUGACCGCCCUUCCCAGCCAGGAGCUGCUCCAGCCCCGAGCAUCAUUCCCAUCCUUCUGGCAAGAGGCACAAGCUCGGCUGGUUUCAGUUAAACCACAAACAUCCUGCUUUGCUCGUGGCUAUCGCCGGCUGCCAGCGCUGCUUUGGGAGCAGCUGAUAACUGCACGAGAGCCCCCCGGGCACGCCGAGAGCAGCUGGGUGCUCUCUGCCACCAAGGAGGAAUGUUCCACUGGGAACCAGCUCGGCUGAGCCACCACUGGCAAACCUGGCACCUCUUCCAACCAGUCCAGGACAGCAAAGCAUCUCCCUCCUGCUAGCAGGAAAAGCUUUGAAAUAGUUUCUUUGAAGGACCAACAUGUACCAACCCCUGGCACAGCAUCCAAUACAGGACUGAAAUCUCCUCCAGGAGCCCAGGCACCCACAGCCCUGCACACAAAGCCUCCCCCAGCCCAGCACUGCUGACUGCUGUUUUCUGUGCUGGUUUUCCAGUCAUGGCAGUUUGCAGAAGUCACUCCUGCUGUCACCAGUUUGUCCAGCACAAGGUACAGCCACAUCCAAGGCAGUGUUUGCAUUCACACAUGGUGGUGUUUGGUGUGGCCACCAGCAUCACCCAACCAUGGCAAGGGCUCCUUGCUGUGCACUGGGGCUGGUGCAGAGGAGAGCGCUGCCAGAAGUACCCUCUAUUUGAGCUCUUGGCAAACACAGUUCGUAGCACAGCCUCUGUAUUUUUAAACAGGCCUCUGAGGAGCCCAGCUGUGGCUUGCCUGCGGUGGGGAUGGACAGGGACAGGAGGAUGGGGCUGCCUGAGUUCCUGCAGCAACAAUGAAAACAUCCAUCUGGGGUUGUGUGGCCUCAGAGGCGAUGAUUCACCAAGCAGGAGGAAAAAAAGCAAUCCCCCCUUGGAGGGAGUCUCCACUCUCCCAGCCCACCCAGCAGGCCCCUCUGCUGCAGGAGUCAGGCCAGGCUGCACAGGAAACCUUGUUUGGAUUUUCAGCAAAGGCAUAUUUUGAACAUUUUACAAAGAAGAGGCAGAUAGGAGGCCAGAAAAAUUCAGUGUAAUCUUUUCUGUGCUAAGGCUUGUCCUGCACUGCAGGGCACCCAGGCUGGCACCACGAUUAAAUGUCCAUGUUGAGUUCAUCCUGGGAUUUCAUUCCUGCCCUUGCCAAGCAACCAUCUGUGCUUCCCUGUGCACUCACAUUCCGUGCCCAAACUCUGCUGCUUGUAUUGGAACCUCAUUAACUGUGAGCAAACCCAGGUGAUGCCACCACGGGGGCCUGUAACACCCAUCAUUCCUGGCUGCCUC